AUGUCCGAGAAGGUGCUAAAGUUCGUGAAGGCGAAACUGUUUGGCAAAAAGGAGAAGAAGGUGAAAGUAAGUCGUUUUUGGGUAGUAUUUGAGUUUAGGAUUCUCUAAGCCACAAGCGACCUUAAUUUAGCCAUGAAAUUUGGGAAAAUCAAGAAAUUUUAUGAUUGUUGCCAUGUAUAAUAUAAUUAAUGUCUAAAAAGUUUGUUAGGUAGUCUAAAACAAUGUGAAAAUGAUUUAUCUUGAUGUGCUAUGUACUCUUCUUUUUUCAGGAUGAUCUCCGAACAAUUCGAAUGAACGAGGUUACCGUAUCUCCACGCGGCAGUCGUAUUCCCUAUGAAUACGAAGAUGUUGGUCGGAACCGCACUUCAGCGUAUCACACAAACACCAGACGCUCCUACCGUCGUCCUGUGGUCAAGUCCGUCGCAAUGGGGGAGAAUCUCGACGAUGCGGCGUCGGAUUCGGACGAUGAAUACACUCCUCCAGCCAGAAGACGAAGCCGAGGCGGCCGCUCUCAAUUCAUGGCAAGCUCGACGAAACGAGAGGCUCGCCCUCCCGCUCCAACAUUCAUUAGUCCGUCUUCGACGAGAACUCGGAGCAGUCGGUCGAGAAGUCGGUCCACUUACAUGCAUGACGACACCAUUGAACAGAGCUUUGAACGGAUGUCGUUGGCGAGGAAUUUGGAGGACAAGGAGGACGUGGAAGCGACUCUUUUGGUAGGCUCUUUAAUUCAUUAUUGGUAUUUGGUCUUUAGGAGCUGUAUCAUCAGUUGAAACGAAAGGAUUUGGAAAUGGAAAGAAGGGACUUUCUGUUGAAGCAGAAUGAGAAGGCCAUGAGGGAGAUGAAGCGACAAUGUGAUCUGCUGCAGGACAGACAUGUCAAGGACAAAUACGCCAAGAAAUUCUUGAAGGUAUGGGGGAACUUUAUUACGGCGUUAUUGCGAGUAUUUUAUGACCUUGUUUUAGGCAUUUUUUCUUCAUCAAAAUUUUUUCAAAUGUUUGAAUUUUGAUGUUUCGAAGUCUAAUCUCUCCAUUUUCAGGACGAGAACCGCGCCCUCCUCUCGGCUUUGGCCCGGCCAGCACAAAUUUCGCCCUAUUUCCCACCAGCUGAAGGCCCCAAGUAUAAUAUAAAUACGACUGGAAUGGACUAUCCGACCGGCAGUUUCGCCUUCCCAUCGUCUCGCGCGGGCUUCCCACCACAGACUCCAGCCUUUCCAGCCUAUGCCAACGUUCAGAAUCCUCUGAAUUCGACGAGUUUUGCUCCGGGACCUUCGAAUUUCAAGCCAACUGAAGAAUUGCACAGCCAGCUCAAUCCAUUCGGCCUUCCAAAGACUGGAAUGGAGUUUCAAGGUCUGGAAGGGAGCAAUAAAACUACUGAGAUUCCUUUCACCUUCCCAAAAGGGAAUCCUUUGACAGCGGGAGCGGCCGAAGGAAUGGUGAAUGAAGCGCAAUUUCCGAGCGCCCCGAAUCGCCCGCUGGCCGAGAGCGAUGUGGAAUCGGUGAAGCAGUUCCAACGACAGGACGACUUCACUCUCCAAGACACCUACAACACGGAGGAUUCGUUCGAACAGCCGAGAGAUGCGGCCGAAAAUAUUAAGGACGAUUUGAACUUGAGUGAAGUCAAAAUCCCCACAAAAGACGAUGAUGGAUACCAAACGGAGGAGUCGAAAGUGUAG